AUGGACAGAAAAGCGGCCAGUUCCACUCGGAGCACCAGUCAAUUCCCAGACAUUUUGAAGCGAUUUCGAUCGCUUCGCAGUCCAGACAAACUAAAUCGAGAGUCAAAGGAAGAAAAAGAGAAUACCGACCCAAUAAAGCCGGAUAAUCGACCAGGCUCAUCGACCAGACGGCUGGAACGCCUGAAACCGCGGUCGAAGAGCUGUCUGAAGCCUGUGACACGAUUUGUCACCAAAAUUUCAAAACGUUACAGUCCUGAUACUGAGUGUAAGUUUGGGCAUGGUAAUCGAGGGGGGGGUUGGAAGUCAAAAUCCGAAAUUUAAAAUUUUUUUUAAAAUUUUUUUUAAUUUAGGAAAAAAUUUAAAAUUUUUUUAAAACUAAAAUUAGUUGAUACCUAAAGCAACAUAAAACCAAUUUCUGCUUAUAAUGCCACUUCAAAUGCACUUUCAACCUCAUUUUCAUCCACUCAAUUGUAAAUUCAAAUCAAAACAGUUUGCUCGCAGCGUUAAAUCGAUUUUCCUUGUUUUUGAAACGCAAAAAUGGUAAAAUUUGAUUUAAACCUCGCUCCUCUUCCCUUUGCGGGUCUUUUUAAAAACGUCAAUUCUCCAACAAUGUUCGCCUCGGUUGUUUUUGGCGUUAAUGUUUGGAUAGGAGCAUGUUUAGCAACAAGUGAAGGUGGACUUUUUAAUGGAAUAUUCUAG